AUGCCAGGGGAUGAGCUCUCAGAGGAUCACCUGUGUGCCCAUAAUGGCCAGGAUGAAUAUGAAGCUCAAGCACUGUUGCUCACCUCAACUGAGGAGCAGGAUUUAGCCUUCCACCCUGAACCUCUCCCGUCGCCGAUCCCCUCACAGCACGCGACAAAUGGCAAACGCCACUCCUCAAUCUCCCAACCUACGGCUGAUGGACAGCGCCGCACACCCCGUACCAUGAAUCGAGUUCGAUUUGACAUAGAGGAGGAACCCGAAGAUCCAAAUCGCAUUUCCAUUGAGCGUGCUUCCAGCCCCGACGACACACUAUGGCUGGAGGAUGAAGACUAUGAACUUGACAAUCAGGCGCCAGGAAUGCAUCAUAGUGGGCAAUCAAUUCCUCUUCUCACAAAUAUUGAAGCGCCUAGUGUGACACUUGCGACAUCGGACGAUUUCUUUCCCGAAGAGCAUCUCGAAGAUGCGCGGCCGCGGAGUGGUAUGAAAAUGGCGUUCAUGAACAUGGCCAACAGCAUUAUCGGGGCGGGAAUCAUUGGGCAACCUUACGCGCUUCGUCAGGCAGGCAUGACAAUAGGCAUCUUGCUGCUGACUGCCUUGACCAUCACGGUGGAUUGGACCAUUCGAUUGAUUGUGAUUAACUCCAAAUUGAGUGGGGCGGAUUCGUUCCAGGCGACUAUGCAGUAUUGUUUCGGGAAAAGUGGACUCAUCGCGAUCUCUAUUGCGCAGUGGGCAUUUGCAUUCGGUGGCAUGGUCGCAUUCUGUAUUAUUGUUGGUGAUACUAUUCCCCACGUUCUAGGUGCUUUGUUUCCGUCUCUUAGGGAUAUGUCCUUCCUAUGGCUCCUCACAGAUCGCCGGGCCGUUAUUGUUAUCUUUGUUCUAGUUGUUUCAUAUCCAUUGUCUUUGUAUAGAGACAUUGCCAAGCUAGCGAAAGCAUCUGCCUUAGCAUUGGUUAGCAUGAUAAUCAUUGUCCUCACGGUAAUAACCCAAGGCUUUCGGGUUCCGCCUGAAUCGCGGGGAGAAAUCAAAAGUCACCUCAUAUUCAACACUGGCUUUUUUCAAGCCGUCGGGGUUAUUUCUUUUGCUUUUGUUUGUCAUCACAACAGUCUUCUGAUCUACGGCUCAUUGAAAAAGCCAACACUUGACCGUUUCACUCGAGUCACCCAUUACUCGACAGGAAUCUCGCUGGCGAUGUGCCUAGCAAUGGGUAUCGCAGGGUUCUUAUCUUUCGGGUCUAAAACCCAGGGAAACGUUCUGAACAACUUCCGAUCAGACAAUAUCGUUGUCAACAUCGCACGAUUUUGCUUUGGCCUGAACAUGUUGACCACACUACCACUGGAGUCCUUCGUCUGUCGUUCCGUCAUGAUAACCUACUACUUCCCCGACGAACCGCACAACCCCGUUCGGCACGUCAUCUUCACAACGGCAUUGGUCGUGACUGCAAUGGUGUUGUCCUUGAUAACAUGUGAUCUGGGAAGUGUUUUUGAGCUUAUUGGCGCGACCAGUGCUGCUGCUCUAGCCUAUAUAUUCCCUCCUCUCUGUUACAUCAAGCUGAGCAGUGGUACACGGCGAGAGAAGAUCCCGGCGUAUCUAUGCAUUUGCUUCGGGGUGGUUGUGAUGGGUGUCAGUGUAGUGCAGGCGGUCCUGAAGAUCAUUCGAAAUUGGAGGGUCUUCUCCAUCAGGCACUUCCACCAACUCCAAAACGGGUCUCAUGUGGAUAUGCCACCAGGUCAUAAAUCUUUAACGGAAGGUACGAUCGAGGACCUCCAAGUCUAUUCCAAGUCGCUCUUCACUCGCCGCCGGAAGUGCACCGGCAAGAUGGCUGAAUCCGCGGAGCAACUCCGCAGGAUGCAGAUCCUUCAAAUGGCGGAUCUAGGAACUGCUCGGCGUGAAAAGAUUUCCACUGCUGAGUUCAACAAUAAGCCUCGCAUACAAGUUGCUGAUAUUGAAUCAAAGCGAUAUCUCGACCAAAGAGAUGAAGCUCAAUUGAAAAAAUGGGCUAAUUUGCACGCUGAUAUCGGAGAUACACGUGGGAUGGAAGAACUUGAUGACAUAAAUUGCGCCACCCGCGCACUUAUGCAAAUCAUCCUUAUCCUCUUCCAUCUGCAGGUCGUGGCGACGGUGUCAUGGGAAAGAGAGGACGAGGUGGCUUUGGUCCCCCUGCAUCUACAGGAGCUGCUGCUCUCCCUCCUGCCCCUGCAAGCGAUGCUCGUGACCGAGGAAGGGGACGCGGACGAGGUAAAGGCAAGGGUAGGGGUAACGCCCAAGAACAGGUUCACAUCCCAUCCGCCCCUAGCAGGGCCCAGCGGCCACCUCCAGCGUGCUGUCAACUUUGCCGCUCGAAUCUCUGAACCUGGGGACUUCAUGUCCGUAGUUCAAUCCCGCCGAGCAACCGAAACGUACAAAACGCCCAUCGAAAUGUCACUCAACGAGCCAAAAGCCGAAGUGCCCAUGAGUGGCACACCUAAGAAAACAAGUACCACGGCUCUUGCACCUUCAAAGCCACCGGUUCAUGCUGUUCCUGUUGAGAAGACCGCAGCAUUGCAGCCCACCAAGACCCAGGCUAGUCCAGCGAAGAUUUCUCGACCACAUAUUGGACCCUAUCUAGUGGAGACACCCUCGCCAUCGCCUCGUGUUGUUUCUAUUGAUAAGACAGCAUCUUUCAAAUCUAAGAAACCCCAGCCUAAUACAUCCAAACCCACAGAGCCACAUAAGAAAUCCCCUCUAGUGGCCUCAAUCGCUGCAGAUGAGAUUCAAUGGAAGGUUUCGCCUGGUGAACAGCCCCGAAAGAAGGGUGCGGCUCCUUCGCGCAAGAGUAAACUCUCGUCUGAGCAGCCCAUCAUCCCCCUCGCCGAGGUCAAGAGGACACCUGUUACCAACGCGACUCAACCCAAAGAUAGCAAGCGGAAUGUUACCCCUGUUAGCCAGAAGACAAAAACGAAGCAGAAAGAUCAGUCUCAAGAUCUGCUCAGCGAGAAUGACCCACCGAUCGCAGCCACACAGGUUCUUCGCCCUUUGAGGGCAGUGGCCAUACAGAGUCCAGGUACUGCGGAAUUGGAAGGUCUCCAGUUUGCCGAUAACACGAGUCAUUUAAUCCCAGCCAAAAGCAUCGACGAAGUUAUUUGUCCGAAAACAACGGACGAUGUCAUCCUAGAAACCCACUCUGGCCGCAAUGAUCAGAGUCAAGAAGUUAUCAAUGGUCAGCAAAUUAUUGAAGAACUUCGGGAUAUGCGCGAAUACAUCCGUUCGCACCACAGCUUGUCUGCUCGCGAUAUCGGACGCAUACUUGAAGCUAAAUUGCACCAGUUGAUGCCUACCAUAUCUUCACCAGCCGCAGAAUCUGCAGCCUCAGAGACCGAGGAUCAGCUGGAUGAUCUGCGUGCACCCAUCGAAUCUCUUUCGGCGUCGCAUCAACAAGCUAACGCUGUUGAAGUUUCUUCGGAUGCCCGGCGUGACCUUACCCCCUUCGAGGGUCACCGGUCGCCGGCGCCGCAUCCACAAACUAACGCUGUUGAGAUUUCUUCGGAUGCCCGGCGUGACCUUACGCCUUUCGAGGGUCACCGGUCGCCGCCUCCCCCUUCCUCCAGUUCGAAUUCGCCUCCUUCUGCUGACAAACGUGCGCACAAGGUAUAUGUGCCCGGCCUCUCGCCGACCAGAAGUGACAGUCCAGACAUUAUCUCCCAGCUCGAAUCCCUCGAGGUUUCAAACAAACUUGCCCCGCCGCUGCAACCACAGCGCGCAAUUCCGACCCCUGUCACUCGUCCUCUGGAGAUUUCCAAGAGGGCCGCUAAGUCCAAUGCGUCCGUUCAGGUUACUCCCGCUGUGGUUACUCCCGCUGUGGGAUCGCGUCCAAAACAGGUGGCAAGAAAGCCAAUGACUCUUGAUGAUUCUAUCUUUGCACGACUUACCAGCCCUGCCACUUCGACCUCCAAGGCUACUGAGCCCAAUGCGCAAUCCCAGAUCACGACUCGGGGUUUGAGUGCAAACCAUCCGAACAUUCCCAGCCGACAAGGUGAAAAAGUCCAAUCAAGCGGCGUUCGCACAAUCGGCCCCGCGCCGUAUAAACCCCGCGUAAUUGGUCCUGCUCCCUCAGUUUAUGAGCCCACGACAUUUCGCGACCUGCCAGAGGCUCAGGUUCGUAUUCUCUCCGCCCAUCAGGCAACCAUGGAUGCUCGCACCGAAAACCGCCCCUUUAUGAAUGUUGCAACCCAUGGCCAAUCCAGUGGCCCAGCUUCCGAGCAGCCUGUGGGUCGACUGUCUUCAAUGCCAGACCCGGCAACCUUCAUGGAGCCCAAAGUGAAGACUGCUGCUUCCAUCCCUACUAGCCGUCCUCGGCGCCAGUAA